AUGGUUGGCCACAUAAGUGACUUUGGCUUAGCAAGAGUCCUUUAUGAAGAUAGGUUUAACCAUCCUGCAAAUCAGUCGAGCUCUCUUGGCAUAAGAGGAACUAUUGGUUAUGCACCACCAGAAUAUGGGAUGGGAAGCGAGUUGUCAACGAAAGGUGAUGUGUAUAGUUAUGGCAUCCUCUCGUUAAAGAUAUUUACAGGAAAGAGGCCAACUGAUGAAAAGUUCAAAGAAGGUUUAAGUCUUCACAACUUUGUUUCAAAAGCUUUUCCCGAUCGAAUGAUUGAGAUUAUAGAUCCCAUUCUACUUCAAGGGAGUUUCAAAGGAGGAACAGUUACAGAUAUCCCUCUCAAUGAAAACAGCACGGGAAAUGAGUUUCCAAUGCUUGAAUUCGUUAUUCGAAAUAGGUCUCACUUGUUCUACUGA